AUGUACGGAGCAGACUUUCGGUGGAGAGCCAUCGUUCUUCAUUACGCGUACAGCAUCUCAUGCGACCAAGUUGGCCGCAUUUUCGGGGUUUCCGGGCGAACGGUGAGCCGGUGGUACUGUCAGUUCAAAGAAAAUGGCCACGUCUACCCGGGGGAGCAGCCUAAGAAGCCAAGACACAACGAGGAGUUGGUCGCUUUCGUGAGCAAGUACGUCACAGAGCACCCGUGCUUUUACAUCGAAGAGCUACAGGAAGCUCUGAAGCAGCGGUUCGGCUACAAUGUACAAGGUAUUUCGGCUACCAGC